AUGGAUUCGGAUUCCCCCACCAUCCAGCCCAAGCCGAAGCUGCAGCCCAGCCACAACCUCAGCGAAGCCAGGGGGAAGGGGGCCGAGCUCUUUGCCCGCCGACAGUCCAGGAUGGAGAAGUUCGUCAUCGAGGCUCCCUCCCAGCCCGAGCUGCUUCCAGGCCUGGGUGCGGGUGGCUCACACCUCACCAAGACAGCUGACCUGGAGGGAACGGCAAACGAGCUGACGGCGCGGGAGGAUGCCGGGGGCCAGCAGAGCUAUCACUCCGAGCUCCACGUCGCAGCAUCGCCCCAGGGCGGCCCCCCCGAAGUGCCCAAGAAGACGGAGAAAGUCUUGCAGAUGAGCAAAGUCCUCAACCCCGACGCUCUGGCCCCGGGGUACUCAGGCCCCCUCAAAGAAGUCCCUCCAGAGAAGUUCAACGUCACUGCCAUCCCCAAGGGCUACCGCUCCCCGUGGCAGGAGCUCCUUGGUGACAAGGACAACGCUGUGCAUGGCGAGAUGAGACCCUGUCCAUGGGACUUCAGGAGCUUCAACAGGACUCCCACCCCCUUCGACAGAGCACUGGUCGGCGACCCGUUCUCCAUGCCCACCGUGGAGCUGGAGACCCUCAGUGUUUUGGAGGUGAUCUCCCACAGACGCAACUUCAACAGAGUGCCGCAAGGCUGGGUGCGGGUUCUACCGGAGAGCGACGAGCUGUAG